CCCGCUGCUCUCACGGAAGAUUCCAUCCCUCCUUUUGCCGAAGCAGAGUUGGUCUUCCUGCUCCUCCGAUUCCAGUCCCUCGGUCCAACCCUUGGUUUGAUUCGUUGGCUUCUUGGUUGGAGAGCUAGGUGGGUGUCGUGUCAUGGACCCGGUGGCGGGGGGCAUUGUGAAGGAGGAGCUCCUGGAGCAGCAGCCGCAGCCGCAGGACGGAGCGCCGCGGCCGAUGGAGGGGCUGCACGAGGCGGGCCCGCCGCCGUUCCUCACCAAGACCUACGACCUCGUGGAGGACCCGUCCACGGAUCAGGUGCUGUCGUGGAGCCGCGCAGGAAACAGCUUCGUGGUGUGGGAUCCGCACCUCUUCGCCGAGGUGCUGCUCCCGCGACUCUUCAAGCACAGCAACUUCUCCAGCUUCGUCAGGCAGCUCAACACCUAUGGUUUCAGAAAGGUUGACCCUGACAGGUGGGAAUUUGCAAAUGAAGGUUUCCUGAGGGGUCAAAGGCAUCUCCUGAAGAUGAUCAAGAGGAGGAAGCCGCCGUCCAAUGUGCCUCCAUCACAGCAGCAGCAGGCUAUCACGUCUUGCCUGGAGGUUGGUGAGUUUGGAUUUGAGGAAGAGAUUGACAGGCUGAAACGUGACAAGAACAUCUUGAUCACAGAGGUAGUUAAGCUAAGGCAUGAGCAGCAGGCCACUAAGGAUCACGUGCAAGCCAUGGAAGAGAGGCUAAGAGCUGCUGAACAGAAACAGGCCCACAUGAUGGGGUUCUUGGCAAGAGCAAUGCGUAACCCGAGGUUCUUCCAACAUUUAGUUCAACAACAAGAUAAGAAGAAGGAGCUUGAGGAUGCCAUCUCGAAGAAAAGAAGGAGGCCCAUAGACAAUGUUCCAUUUUGUGGUCUUGGAGUAACAAGCCAGAGUGAGCAGCAUGAUUCAGAGCUGUUGUUUGAUUCGGGUGUCCUUGGUGAGCUCAGUCAACCUGGAAUGCCUAGGCUGGAGAAUUUUGCUCAGAAUAUUCAGGAGCUUGGGAAGGGUAAAAGAGAUGAGGAAAAGAUGGACCAAGCUAAUGGGCAGGUGGAGCUAAACAAUGAAUUUUGGGCAGAGCUGUUUUCUAAUGAUUUUGGAGACGAUUCUGGGCUGUCAGAGUUGGAGGGAAGGAGACCUGAGGAUAUCGAUGAGCUGGCUCAGCAAUUGGGGUAUCUGAGUUCUACUAGCCCACAGUAGAGUUUUGUUGACAAUGGUUUACUUAACCAACAAACAUUGCUUCUUCAGUACUAUUGCCGAUCAUCUUGAACAAUCUGGUACAUUUCGUAUUCAAUGACGCAGAUAUGUAGCUAAUAAGUGUAAUGGAUAACAUGGUAAUAGUUCUAGUAAUAAGUAAUAAUGUACUCCCUCCGGUCUCUUUUAAUUGACUCGGAUUUAGUACAACUUUGUACUAAAUUUGAGGCAAUUAAAAAGGACUGGAGGGAGUAGUGACAAUUUAUCGUGUUGACUAAAUCUGCAGGAGUAAGGGUUAGAGUAGUAGUUAUAUCUUCGCGAAUGUGGUUGGUAACUAUCAUGCCAAUUUUCUUUCUCGAUGUCUUGUUUAUGGCCUUUCCUCUGUUGCUACUUACUCAGUCUAUCCUGUCUAUUCCUUAACCAGAUUUAGUUGAUUGGUGAACAACAUGACACCUCUGGGCAGAGGGUAGAGGCUGACGACCAACUGCCGUGUCCCUUCAUGGAGACCCACCAUGUUGUAUAGCGUAAUGGUUUUACGCUUAUACUCACUACGCUGAAGAAGAUGAUCAACGCAGACUUUCAUUUGUCAUCAACUGGUAUUCAGGAGCAGUUCGAGAAAGGUUUUACUGUGUAUACUCACUAUUUCAGUCAAGUUCUCUUGUGAAAGUCUAGUCUCUGGCUGUGGGUUUAGCCAGUUUUCUUGGGUGGUGUAUCCCGCAGCCUUAUCGUACGUAAUUCAGACCAAAGUGUCAUUUUGCUUGCCAAUUUUGAUGAACUUUGCAAGGUACUUGAUUAGUUUCAUGAUUUUUUAACUUGUAUAUAUCUGCCACUGCGAAGACUGGCGUUUUUGCCAUUCCCGAGCCAUCUGCAAAUUUCAAAUUUAUGAUUCUUCCUUUCUCGUAA